AUGAAAAUUUUCAUUAGAUUCUCUGCUGUUCCGUUUUGCCUCUUCUUCUUCUCUCUGUUAACCCACCAAACUAUGUCCCAACCUCUACACAUGCACACUUUCUGCAACCAGUUAUCCGACAACUUCACACAGACCAGCUCAUACAAGUCAAACCGUGAAACCCUACUUUCUUCUCUCCGAGACCUUUCCUCCCUCGGAACAUAUUCCAAUGUCACAAUCGGUCUUAGCCCCGACACAGUCCAUGGCAUGUUCCUCUGUAGAGGAGACAUCACCAAAACAUCUUGUUCAGUCUGUGUCAAAACCGCAACCCAAGAAGUCGCUAAAAAUUGCACUUAUCAAAAAGAAGCCAUAAUAUACUAUGAAGAGUGUAUGGUUCGAUACUCGGACAUUUCUUUCUUGGUCUUAGUCGACUCCGCGCCUUACGUCGCUAAAUAUUCUAAUGUUUCUUUUACUUCUCUUUUGUUUGCGUUCCGGCUCGUGCUAUCCGAUAAGGUCGAACAGCUAAUUAUCCUCACAGCAUCAAAGUCUUCUUUGUCUUCUUCGACGCCGUAUUACAUCAAGGAUAGAAAACAAGUGAACCAAUUGGAAUCGUAUUGGUUAGAUACAAUGGUUCAGUGUAGUCCUGAUCUUGAUCCAAAAAACUGCGGCCUCUGCUUGAGACUUGCGGUCAAAGAAAUGACAGAGUGUUGUAACAAUGCUCGUUGGGCUCACAUCUUUCUUCCCAAAUGUCUUUUGAAAUAUGACACAACUGGUUCACAGAGCGGUUCAUCUUCUAUGAGCGUUAUGAAAGGAAACGAAAUGUUUGGGCGAAUGUUCAUUACUGUCAUGACAACUUUGGUGUUAGCACUUGUGGGUUUAUGA